AUGCUUUAUCAUCGUGGCCUCGUUUUCACCAACAUUUUCCUGGCGCUCCUGAGCGGUGUGUCGGCCACGAUUCCGAAAGACCUUUACCGAGGCGAGAAGGAAACCCCGACUGAAGUUCAAGCACGAGGCUACUUGAGAUGCGACGCAUUGAAAAACGGCGUCCCGUACGACACGUCUGUGACGCUGGUAAGACACGUUGAGGAGCCGAGAUCAAGCCGACCGGGCGACCCGUGGCUUUCUACCACGGCCAGCCGCGAAAAGGGAGCAGAUUUUGCCAUAUUGAACAGCGGAUGGCUCUACAAGAUCGACUCGACCGUCGGCGGAGUCACGUACAGAAGUGUCGCGGAAGAAUUCCGAUCCUUGAAUAGACAACUGGGCGUUGGUAAGGACGAUCAAGAGUACUCGGCCCGGAACACCAUCCCUCUGGAGGCCAUUGUAUCGUGGGCCCAGGUCUCGAUGAACGCCCAGUUUAGGGUCGUAAUCGGGACACCCACGGCGAACCCAGCCUAUAAAGGUACUUGUUCGAUUACCAAGCGAGGCCUCGUUCGUCGAGGUCCCUGUGACGGCAGCGCCCGGAAGAAUACGGGAGCGGCCUCUGCCUCCAGCGGAUCCAAAUCCCCUGCUUCCAGUGGUUCCCGGACUCCAGCCUCCAGCGGCUCCAGGUCCCCUGCUUCCAGUGGCUCCCAGACUCCUGCCUCCAGCGGCUCCAGGUCCCCUGCUUCCAGCGGCUCCAGGUCCCCUGCUUCCAGUGGCUCCCGGACUCCUGCCUCCAGCGGCUCCAGGUCCCCUGCUUCCAGUGGUUCCCAGACUCCUGCAUCUAGUGGUUCUAGGACUCCAGCCUCCGGCGGGUCUAACUCCCCAUCUAGGGCCAGCGGUAGCCGCGGCACCGGAACAGGGAUACGUGGCUAG